CGCGGGAAACGAGAAGGUGCUGAAGCUCGUGCGCAGUGAGGUUCUGCAGACGGAGGUUCGACUCCUGUACGAGCUGCUGCACGUCCUGCACAACAACUUCAGGGCCAACAAGACCCUCAGAGCCCUGAAGUGGAACAAUGCGUGAACAGACUGAAGAUGAUGCGGCUGGAGGAAGCUCUUCAUCAGCUGGCAGAUCUGUGUCCCAACAAGGCGCAGAGGGGGCUGGCCUUGAAGACGGGCUUGUGUUCGGUUCCGAGUCAGCCGAUGCUGGAGUGGACCUGUCUGAAGGUUCUGGGAGCGGCUGAGCUCCUGAGCUGUUCGCUGCAGCGCUGCAGCAGAGCCUUCCUACUUUCUCGGCAGCAGCUGAGAUGUCAGGAGUUCAUCGUGCUGAACAUGGUGAUCACCAGCAUGCUGAGUCGUCUCUGGGUGUUUUUCCGGGGAAUGCUGAACGGACUGUCCGCUCUGUACCCGCCGAUCCUGAACUUCCUCAGAGACGUGUCCAAGGCCCAGCCCAUGCCCUACCUGGAGCAGAACUCCCUGCCAGCAGCAGAUGUAGCUCCCAUUCUGGAUCCUUCCCAUUCCGUUCUGCCGAGGAAGCAUCCGACUGUUCAUGCUGAACAGCAGAUGAAGAAGAAGCAGCAGAGCAGGAAGAAGCCGUCACAGAAGCUGAAGGAAGACCUGGGUGUUGCUGUGGAAAGAGGUCUCAACAAUCACACGGAUGUCAAACCCCGUUUCACUAUCCUAAGGACGGCCAAACCUUUGCAAGAAGAACUGCAGCACGCUGAAAAGGAACUAACCUUUAGGAAGCAACUGAGAGAAGCGAGAACGUUUGCACGUCUGUCAGCUCGUCUCCAGGACAUGAUUGUGUGGUUCAAAUCCCAGAGGAUGCAGAAGGAGAAACGCCUCCUGACAUUCCUACACCUGAAGUGCCUGAAGAUGAAAUGCCUGGAAGCAGAAGGAUACGACGUCCACAGGAAGUUGCAGCUCCUCAGACAGGAAGUUGUCUGGGCUUCAUCUCCACCUGGAUCGGCGAGGAAGCAUCUUCAUUUCUGUGCAGUGAUGAGGACAUGCAGGAGUCUCCUCAGGUCGCGCAGACGAAGGCUCUUCCAGAGGAGGACCGCGGGGAAGGUGAAACGGAGAAGGACUGCGGUGCCAGAACCGAACCGAGACGAGCAGCAGAGCCGAGCGGCGCCGGAGCUGCAGAGCGCUGACGCCCACGAUGACAUCGAUGAUAUAUUUGCCUCUGUAGGUCUGUGAAAGCUGAGGAUGAUGAGAAGAGUCACUGUUGGUAAACUGAAGAACCGUCAGCCAAAGAGAAGGAGGGAUGGAGUUCAGAGACUCAGACGCAUCAAUCCCAACACGGAGUUCCUUUAAGGAAAAGUGUUUUCAUAAACUGUCAGUGUAAGGGGGAUUUAGGUGCAACAGGAAACGGAAUAAAAAAGAAGAAUAGCUUUAUUGUCAAUGUACAACAACAUUUUGCAGCAACUCCUUUGUGCAAAAAGACGGAACGUAAAAAUGAAAGUGCUGAUCUCUGCAUUUAAGGCUGGGAGUGCUGGGGUAGGAUCUGUCUCACAGACACUACAUGUUCAUAUUCCACCUUCGACACUUCCGUAACACAUCCGUGAUAGACGUAAUGCAUGAGUGUUUCUUGCGUUUGUCAUUUGUCAAUGUCUGUUAAGGGUUUCGGCCAGCAGAAUUUACGUGAGUUCAGUUUUGAGCUGCUCAAUUUAUUUACGAUUAUUUCAUAAAUCUUGCACAAUUGUGCGUGAUUUUUGUAAGAUGCGUACACAAUGUGUGGCUUCCUAACUGUUCCACGAAUGUCUAACAGACUUUUUUCGCAUGUCUCACCGAUAUACAACUUUACAAAUUACAUAAUUGAUGCACAAAUUACUAAUAAAUUGCACAUAAACUCUGCAGUAAUCAUGCACAGUUCAAAGUUGAUUUACAUGUUCUUUGUGCAGUUUGUUUUAAUGUUAUUUGUGAAGAUUUUACACAACUUUUCUAAUUUUUUCCACGUAUAUUCAUGUAUGAUCAACUUUCAUUCAUGCAAUAUGCGAAAAGUAUAUGCAGUGACUGUGUGACACAGUCUGUUUUUGAUUAUAGUCACCUGUAUUUUCUGAUGUUCUUUGAUUAACACAAAGCUAAAAGUUUCA